UGUAGAGACAGUAUGGCGGAGCUGAAAGAGGCAGACGCUGCUCAGCUACACCAGGAGGACGUCGAUAUUAAACGUGGAGCUGCUGGAGAUGCUCCCUCAGUCGAUGAUCAAACUGCAGAUCAGACGGCGAAGAAUGAAGCUGCUUCAGACAGCGAUUCUAAACCCUCAACCACGACUCCAGAGCGACACAUUUCCAUCCAGACUAAACUGGAGGGCUUUGAGAUGCUGGUUGACCUGAACGGCGCGGGACGUAAGUCGUGCCCUCUGUGUCCCGAGGAGAAGUUUAAAGCGUGCUACAGCCACAAGCUCCGCCGACACCUGCAGAACCUCCACUGGAAAGUCUACGUGGAGUUUGAAGGUCAGAGGAUGUGUAUAUGUCACCUGCCCUGCAGAAACCUGAAGCCCAGCCUCAGCGGAGAUCAGGCCUCGGGGAGACACGUGGCUCACUACCACUGUGUCGUGUGUUCUGUCACCAUCGCCCGGAAAACCGACAUGGUCAGCCACCUGAAACGACACGUCAACAAAGGAGAGACUGAAGCCAGCUACUCCGGGAGCUCAGACGCACAGAUUGAGGAGCCGGCUCCGUCCGGUCAGGCGUUUGAAAUCAUGAAAGAACUUGGGACCAACGUGCAGCUCCUCCCGAACCACACCACCCCGCAGAAGAGCGACACCUACUUCAACCGCAAGAUGAGGCCCAACAGGCAGCUGGUGUUUUGUUCGCUGGCCGUGCUGGCCGAGGAGAGAAACCCGCUCGAGUGUCUCGAUGCUUUCGGAGCCACAGGGAUCAUGGGCCUCCAGUGGGCGAAGCACCUCCGCAGCGCCGUCAAAGUCACCAUAACCGACAUCAGCGACACGUGCGUCAAGAUGAUCAAGGAGAACUGCGAGCUCAACAACAUGCGGGUGGACGGUAGCCCGCGAGCGCCUCGAGGGGGGCCCGAUGGCGCUGCCGGUGAGGUCAAAGGGGCGCCCAUCGCCACGGUGGAGGUCGCCAAGAUGGACGCCAACGUCAUCAUGCACCUGCGGUCUUUCGACUACAUUCACUUGGAUCCGUACGGGACGGCGGUGAACUACCUGGACGCCGCCUUCAGAAACGUCCGGAACCUGGGCAUCAUCUCUGUGACGUCCACCGACACGGGCUCCCUGUACUCCAAGUCUCCAAACGUCACCCUGCGGCACUACGGCUGCCACAUCGUACGCACCGAGUACUACAAAGAGCUCGCCGCACGCAUGGUCGUCGCCACGGUGGCCAGAGCGGCGGCUCGCUGUAACAAAGGCAUCGAGGUGCUGCUGGCGGUGGCGUUGGAGCAUUUCGUCCUGGUGGUGGUCCGAGUCCUCCGAGGGCCGACGCAGGCGGACGAGUCGGCCAAGAAGUUGCGUAAACUCGUCCACUGUCAGUGGUGUGAGGAGAGGGUCUUCCUGAAACUGGGAAACAUGACGGACGACACGCUGCCCUGUAACUGUCACGGGAGUCUGCCUGGAAGGACAGCGGUGCAGCUGGGACCGUUAUGGUGCGGUCCCCUGUUCAACACGGGCUUCCUGAGGAGGAUGCUGUCGGCAGCCGUGCAGCACAGCAUGGACGACAUCCAGGGGCUCGUCAAGACUCUGAUCUGUGAGUCCGAGUGCACCGUGCUCAAGUCGUCGGCUCUCACCAACCAGGCGGAGUGCGGCGUCGUCAUUAAGACGCCACCGAACGGAGAGGAGUCGGGUCCUGCCGAUCAGUCCGGGAAGAGGAAGAGCGGGGAGGAGUCUGGAAACGUGGUGAAGAAGCUGAAGUCUGAUGCGUCUCUGGAGCAUCCGCCCUUCUACUACAGCAUCCACCGCCACAGCAUCAGAGGCAUGAACAUGCCAAAGUUGAACAAGUUUAUUCAGUACCUGACCGAGGCCGGCUUCAGGGUAGGUCGGACUCACUUCGACCCGACGGGGGUUCGAACCGACGCCUCGCUGGAGCAGUUCAAAUCGGUCCUCACCAAGUACAGCGUCCCCACGUCCUCCAACACAGCGCACACCAGCACGAGCGUGGAGAAGACAAUAUGAGAGAGUGAGGACGACUGGGCUCCACUUUUUACUGUCUGUGUGAAACAUUAAGAAAAGUUCUGACUGCACUGAUCUUCAUGUUCUGCUUUUCUUUGGUCCUGCAGCGAGCGUUUGAUCCUCCGCUCUUCUAUUUAUUUCAGAUUUUCUUUUUCCAGCUGCUUCGUUGUCUCGCUGUUUUCUAUUAAUUGUAAAAUAAAGGAAUAAAGUCUUUCUGCAAAGCUUGA